ACACAGGUGCGGUGCAACAUCAAUAAGCUCUGUGUAGGGUUCGAGGUGAAGGUCGCUGGGUGCUGGCGAGACGUACGGCAGCAACCCGAUGCAAGUCAGCCAAACGGACUUCGCCGCCACGAAGGUCUCGGAUUCAAGCUCACUAUGGAGAGGUAUGGCUAUGCCUGGUUUCUUGACAAGAUCGACUGGAAUACGCUUACCUUCCGCCAACCUUAUGCACCUUAUAUGAUGUUCAACAACCCAUCCAUGCAGAAUGCGUAUCGCGCUCGAUACCACCAAGUGCGAGAUGUACGGAUCGACUUCAUUCGAGUGAAUAAGGCAUACCAGUGGAUGCUUGAAUUCAGCUCUAUCCCCAACUGCCUUUACCUCCUAGAAAAUUACCUUCGGGAGCUGUGUCUGUGUGCCUUUCGCAAAGACGUUUUCUUCCACGUCAAGUCAGCUCUGAAGCCAGAAUAUCUGGAAUCUGCAUUGUCAGGAGAGAUUCCUCUGUAUUACGAUAGUGAUGACUAUUUUGAACGACAAGGAUGGAACGAAAAGCCAUAUCGCAUGCUAUUCCAACAGAGUUUCCAUGCCAUCAAAACUGCACGAGGCAAGGCUGGCGCACGGAAGUGGCGGCAAGACCUGAAAAGGUCGUUUCUUGGAAGCCAUUGGACUCUUCCUUAUCCACAUAGCCGGGGAUUUAUGCGGAAAGAUAAAGAAGAAAAACAGUUCAUUUGGUGGCCUAGCGCGCAUCAGGGACUUAUCAGAUACUACGCCAAGUCCCGACAGACUGGAACUCUAGCACAUCCACUGCCAGCCUCCAACAUCAAACUCCAUCCUGUCGAUGGCUGGCAAUUAGCAACGACUCUAUUUUCCAAGAGCUACAUGCCCUAUGUCAUG